AUGGUAGAUAACUAUGGAGUUAGAAAUCCAAUUUUCGAUGGGACAAAUUAUGCAUUUUGGAGUAUCAAGAUGAAAGCCUAUCUGAACGCACUUGGUUAUGAUGUUUGGCAAUCCGUGGUAGAUGGAUACACACCUCCAUCAACUCCUCCGACCGAUGCAGCAGGAAAGAGGAAAAGUGAGAAUAAUGCCAAAGCAGAACAUGCUCUCCUAUGCAGCCUGGCUAAUUCUGAAUUUACAAAAGUCAUGCAUUGCAAAUCAGCAAAAGAGAUAUGGAACAAACUGAAAAGUAUCUAUGAAGGGGAUGAAAAGGUAAGAGAGGCCAAUUUUCAAUCACUUAGAAUGAAAUUUGAAAGCCUUAAAAUGAAGGAAGAUGAAGAUAUCGCCACCUACUUUUUGCGUGUGGAUGAAAUCGUAAAUGCAAUCACAGCAUUAGGAGAAGAAGUUGAAGACACACCUAUCGUUCGAAAGUUGUUGAGAACAUUGACAAUGGAAUUUGAUCCUAAGAUAUCAGCAAUAGAAGAAAUGAAGGAUUUGAAAACAUUAACAAAAGAUGAAUUGUUUGGAAUCCUCACAGCCUAUGAAAUGAGGAGAGAAGACAAACCAUCACAAAAGGAGGUUGGGCAUUAUGCUUCAAAGUGUCCUCAAAAUGAAAGUGAUAGCAGUGAAGAGGAGAAGAAAAGCUAUUCAAAGAAGAAAGGAAAGAAAUACUUCAAGAAGAACUACUCAAAACAUAAGAAAAGCUUCUACUCUAAGCAAAGUUCUAGUUCAUCGGAGGAAAGUUCUGAAGAUAUGUCCAGCAGUGAUGGAGAAGAGAUUCUUUUUAUGGCAAUGAAAGUCGAAGAUGAUGAAGAUGAGAAGGAAGAAGGACAAGAUGCUAUAUGUGAUGAAGAAGAUGAAGCAAAGAAGAAUGAGAAGGAAAUAAGGGAUCAGCUUAAAAGAAAAGAAGAAGGAUGCAACAAAUUAGAAUUAGAAAUUGUCUCCUUAAAACAAGACUUGGGGAAACUUCAAAAAUUUGAAGACAGCACCAAGAAAAUGGAUCGACUUCUUAAGGCACAAAGACCUACGCUCAUUAAAUCAGGUCUAGGACAUGAAGAGGAUCUAACAGCAAAUGCUACGAAGUCAAAAACUUUGGAUGAUUCAUGGAAGACAGUAGAAAACAAAAGAAGGAAGAAUGAUCCUCAAAAAUCUCAUCCUCCCACAAAUAUGUUGAAAACAUCUCACAUAAAGAAAUCACAUGUAACUAAUAAUUAUUAUCCAUUCAAAGGACAUUGUUUUUCAUGCUAUAAGUUUGGUCAUAAAGCAAUUGAUUGUAGAAGUCAUACUAGAAAUAUUUCUAACUUCACUCCAAAGAAAUAUAAUUCAUUUUCUCCUCUAAUGAAUUAUGAUGUAAUAUGUUAUAAGUGUCACAAUUUUGGACACACAGCCAGAUUCUGCCGAACUGUCUUCCCUAGUUUACCAAGAAAGGGAGAUGUACCUAUCAAAAGGGAGGAAACAUCUAGAAUGACUUGGAAGAAAAAACAACAAGAAGAGAAAGAAUCCUUAUUUGUUCAAAUAGCUCUUCAUGCAAAGAACAAGAAGGAUAGAUGGUAUGUAGACAACGGAUGCUCAAGGCACAUGACAGGGGACAAAAACAAAUUCAUCUCUUUUGAACCAGCAGAUGAAGGAUUAGUAAGGUUUGGUGAUAACACAAAAAGAGAAAUAAAAGGUAAAGGAACACUUAGUUUAGAUUAUGGAAAGACUAAAACUGAGAAUGUGCUAUAUGUCAAAGGCUUAAAAGAGAAUUUAUUAAGUGUUAGCCAGCUUUGUGAUCAAGGACAUAGUGUGACAUUUUUGUCUAAGGGAUGUGAGAUUAAAAAGAAUGGAAGAAUCAUUGCAAAUGCCCAUAGAACUGCAAAUAAUUUAUAUAUUCUAAAUGAAAUAAAUGAAGAAACGUGUAAUUUUGUUCAAGAGGAUGAAAACUGGCUAUGGCACAAAAAGCUAGGCGACCUUAACUUUGACAAUCUUGUCAAGAUCAGCAAAAAGGAAGCAGUAAGGGAUAUCCCUAGAAUUACAAAACCAUCUAAUGUCAUUUGCAAACAAUGCCAAUUUGGGAAACAAACUCGAGUAAGUUUUAAAUCCAAAGAAUACUUGUCUUCAAAGCCUCUAGAGCUGAUACAUACAGACUUAUGCGGACCAACCAGAACAAAAAGUUUGCAAGGGGAAAGAUGA